AUAGAUCCACUUUUAGCAGCAAUAACUUGAAGUAAUAAUUUUCUGUAUGACUUUAUCAGUCUCUCACAUUGUUCUGGAGGAAUUUUGGCCUAUUUUUCUUUACAAAGUUGCUCCAGUUUACUGAGGUUUGUGGGCAUUUGUCUAAGCACAGCUCUCGCCAUAGCUUUUGUUUUUUAUUUUCAGUCGGGUUGAGGUCUGGACUUCACUAGGCGAGUACAGCACCUUGAUUUUUUUUCUUUUUAGCCAUUCUGCUGUAGAUUUGCUGGUGUGCUUGGGAUCAUUGUCCAGUUGCAUGACCCAAUUUUGGCCAAGCUUUAGCUGUUGGACGGAUGGCCUCACAUUUGACUCUAGAAUACAGAGAAGUUUAUGGUUGACUCAAUGUCUGUGAGAUGCCCACUUCCUGUGGCUACAAAACAAGCCUAAAAUCAUCAACCCUCCACCAGCAUGCUUGACUUUUGGUAUGAGGUGUUUGUUCUGAUAUGCUGUGUUUAGUUUUCACCAAACUUGGCACUGUACAUUAUGGCCAAACAUCUCCACUUUGGUCUCAUCUGUCCAAAGGACAUUUUUCUAGAAGUCUUAUGGUUUGUUCAGAUGCAAACCUAAGCCGUGCUGCCAUGUUGUUUUUAGAGAGAAGAAGCUUUCUCCUGGCAACCCUUCCAAACAUGCCAUACUUGUCCCGUCUUUUUCUAAUUGUACUGUCAUGAAUUUUAUCAUUUGACAUGAUAACUGAGGCCUGUAGGGUCUUAGGUGUAGUUCUUGGAUUGUUUGCAAUUUCUUUGAGCAUUGCACGGUCUGAUCUUGGGGUGAAUUUGCUGGGACGUCCACUCCUCAGAAGAUUGGUGUCUGUUUUGAAUGUCUUCCACUUGUGAAUAAUCUUCCUCACUGUAGAAUAAUGGACUUCAAAUUGUUUGGAAAUGGCCGUAUAGCCCUUCUCAGAUUGAUGGCAGCAACAAUUGCUUCUCUAAGAUCAUUGCUGAUGUCUUUCCUCCUUGGCAUUGUGUUAACACACAACCGAAGGCUCCAAACCAGCAAACUGCCAAAACUUCAGCUUUUAUAGAGGUGAUCACACAAUCGCUGAUGAUCAAUUAAUCAAAGGCAUUUGAUUAGCACCACCUGACUGUUACUUACACUCUUAAUUCCUAUGUUAACAGACAGUAAGGGUGUCCUUAGUUUGUCACACAUGGCUUUUACAUUUUAGCUUAGUUUUUGUUAAAUAAAUAAUGACACGGUGUGAUAUGUCAUGUGUUGUUGUUCAUCUAAGGUUUUAUUUUCCAAGUUUUAAGACCUGCCAAGGACCAGAUGAUUUUUUAUUAUGCCCUGAAGCGGAAAACCAUGCAAUUCAAUAGGGUGUCCUAACUUUUUCACAUGACUGUAUAUGGAGAAUAUUGUGGUCCAUGAGUUUGCCACUUUGUGUUUGACGUCAUUGUCAGUGGACUUCUCCUACAAGAUCCAGAUAUUUGACCACAAAGGACUUGAACCUCUUAUUCAGCUCUUGUCUAGCCCGGAUCCUGAUGUAAAGAAAAAUUCUGUGGAGUGCAUAUUUAAUCUUGUUCAAGACAUUCAGAAUCGAGCGGCUGUGCAGCGUCUAAAUGGACUCCCCCCACUUCUGGAUCUGCUGCGCUCAGAGUUCCCAGUUAUUCAGCAGCUUGCACUGUGCACCAUAGAGAACAUCACCACUGACAGCGAAACCCGUGUGGCCUUUAGAAAUGUACAGGGCUUUGACAGAAUCCUGGAGCUUCUUGCGACCAAAGAGUUUAGUGAACUGCAUGAGGGGGCUCUCAGGGUUAUCUGUAACUGUCUGGAAGACAGCGAGGCCAUGCAGCUUAUUCAGACGAUGGGUGGCUUGGAACAGAUACUGCAAUUUGUUGGCACAUCCACACUGCCUGAAGCGCAGGCUAAUGCAGCCAAAGCCAUAGCCAGGAUGGCACAGAGCAGUGAGAACAGAAAAAUUCUACAUGAACGGAAUGUAGAAAAAGCCCUCACGGAUCUUCUCAUGCAGGAGAAUGAGAGUGUGCGCACUGCUGCAUGCCAGGCUGUGGCAGCAGUGAGCAAAAACCUUUCCAGCAGGGACACAUUCAGAUGCCUGGAUGCGAUCGGGCCCAUUGUGCAGCUGCUGAACAGUGAAGGAAGUGAGUUGAGAGCGGCCGCCGCAGAGGCCCUGUCCAGCCUGACCAACAGCAACAAUCUCAAUGCUUAUGCUAUAUAUGAUGCAGGGGGUGAUGAGCUCUUGGUGCAACAGCUGCGAGACAGCUGCACGGGAGCAGCUGUGUAUGCAGCAUCGGUCUUGACAAACAUGGCAUCGCAAGAGGAGCUGCGCAGAAGCAUUCUGGCCCAUGAAGCUAUGCCAGCAUUGGUGGAGCUGCUACACUCCACUGACAACAACACACUCAUCAGUGCAAUGCAGGCUGUGGCUUCAUUGGCCUGUGAUGCAGAGGCCAGGCUAGAGCUGAGAAACGUUGGAGGCCUGUCACCUUUAGUUCAGCUGCUCAAAUCAAUUCAUGCUGAAAUUCGGAGAAAUGCUUGCUGGGCAAUUAGUGUGUGUGCAAACGAUGAAAUAACAGCCCUAGAAUUGUGCAAUGCUGGAGCUCUAGAGAUACUCCAGGAAAUCAACCUGUCACCACACCGUAACAACAAAUUUAGUGAGCUGGCACUACAGAAGCUUCUGGACAGCAAUCUAUCAUUGAAGUAUAGUCUGACAGGACACCUAUCAGCCAGCGAUAUAACCACUGAUGGCUUCUACGACCCUGGACAGAUAAGAAUGGGUCAUCAGGUUCCUACCUUAGAGGAUAUAUCAAAACAAGUUGUCAACCAACAUCGAGCCACUAUUGCGGUUAAUGGGAAGCCCCCGGAUCAAUCUAUUACCAAGGAACCAGAUGAUCGUAAGUCAGACAGUCCAACAGAAACUACCGCCUCAUCUGUUAUGAGCAGCAAAAGGAGCAGCAAAACACCAAGUAAAAUGAAGGGAAAGGGUCAAAAAGAGGAUGAGAAAAAGAAGGAUGAGGAUGAGAGUAAGCCACAGCAGGAGAUGGUGGUGGAUGAAGCAUGGAGCUUGCCGUAUGACGCUGCGUUUCAUAACCUUCUCAAAGAGGCUGCCGAAUCCAUCUCGCCACUUCAGGAUGAGGUCAAAAUGUAUACGGCUUUGGCCAUGUUAGUGAGCGAGGCAAUGGGUGGCCAGGUUGAGCCAGAGAAGCUGCAUGACUUCCUGUGGGAACUGCACAUUAGCGAGCUGAAGUUUGAAGCCUGUUCCAACAUCAUUCUCAUUGGAAAGAUAAAAAAGGGCACCUACGUUCACAGAGCAUUGCUUUUUAAGGUUCUUGCAGACCGAAUUGGGCUGAGCUGCAGUCUCAUAAGAGGAGAAUACAACCACGCCUGGAACGAAAUCCUCAUCACCGGUCCAAAGAAACGUUAUGGAUACUCUCAGCCUGAAAUCUAUAUUAUAGAUCUCAUGCACCAACCUGGAAACCUUAUGAAAAGCAACUCACCAGCAGCUUUAGCAUAUCAGACCAUUUAAUAUGUCAGCAAAGUGGUUAAGGCAUCAUUUAUCAUUUUAAGGCAUAUUUUAUUUAUUAUAUAACCUGUAAAAGUGAAGUGAAUUAAAUCCCAAUAAACUUUUAUCAAAACUGA